CGCUGCGAGGAGUUUGAGAUCUACGCCGAAGAAUUAAGGGGAGAUCACUGCGUGGAGAUUGAACGCUGGUGUACAACGCAGAGAAAGGGAAGAAACUCCGAUUACACACAGUAAAAGGAAAAAGUUGAUGGUAGGAACUCCGAUAACGCAUUGUAAGUGAUAACGCAGUGCAAUGGGAAGGAACUCUGAUCACAGUGCUAGGUGAAGUAACUCCGUAAACGCAGUGCAACUGGAAAAUACAGACUUAACUCUAGUUCGAAAUGGAAAGUAAUGUUGAUGAGGAUUUUUUGAAACUGCAGAAGCUCUUACGUGAAAGAGAUACCUGUACAAGUGAUGUGACGGCGCCACCACUCGAACCACCGCCUGCGUAUGAUAAAAUAAACAGUGAAACGCAUCAAGACGUUGCACCGCCAUACUUUUAUAAACCGGAGGAUCAAACAAAUAUUGAUGUUCUGCCACCGGAACCAAACCCUGGGGCAGCAGACGUACUUGUGCCACCAUCAGAAAAAACAGUCGAAUCAGUAGUUGAUGAGAAAAAAACAGAAACAGAUGAAGACCUUGAUGCAUUGUCGUGUAUUUUAGUAUCAUUAUUUUGCCUGAUGUGGGUAGCAAUUGCCGGACUAAGCAUAGCUAAAAUUGCCAUGGGAUCGUCAUAUCUACACGACUGUGAUAUCCGAUUUAUGAUCCCAAUUUACCUCAUUGUGAGCGGGCUUGCACCGCUAUAUUUCACAAAACUUAUCUGCGGAGGUGAUGAUAGCAGUGACUGCUCUUUAUGGCAGAUAUGCUGGUCAAUCGUUGGAUUCUUAUUUUGUCUUGCCUGGCUUAUAUGCGGUUCGGUAUGGGUGUACCCUACUUAUAGCACUGUGAUGGCAGAAGACUUCAGACCGUGUACCGCAACAAUAACAGAAAAUUGUUCUUAUGGAACUUGUGACACAGUUAUUAUCAAAUUUGCAUUUGCCAUGGUCACGCUUGAUUGGAUUUUUCUGGUGCUAAUGAUAGUACUUUUUAUUUGGGUAGUGAUUAGAGAUAAAAGUGAUAAAAAUUGAAAACAUUCGCAUUUUGGCUUUCUUAUGAAAGCAAUGUAUGAAGACAAAAGGAAACGCUUUGGUGAAAUUUGAGUUUAAAGGCUUAUAUGGUACAGUUUCAGAAAGAAAUAAUUUAUAAGAAGAAUGGAAAAUGUGUAAUACAAGUUUGUUUUUUAAACAUUUGAAUUUCGAGUUAUCUGCCCUUGAAUUUGAAAGUUUCCUUAAUAUCUGAACGACAGGUAAUUUACAGUUAGUCGAAAGAUGAUCAAUUUGUUUUUCAUGUACAUGUAGCUGACUUCCUUUCGUGUGAUUUAAAAUUCUAUUAAAGACCUGCUUUCGGGUAACUUUUUAUCUGUUAAAGUGAAUGGCCUAUAAUGAAAUGUCUGUAAUACAAUAAAAAAUACGUUAAUAGUUUUUAGUAAUAUAAAUAGCAACAAACAACGUAAAAUUAUUCAUAAAUGUUAUUGACGAGAGUGAGAUACAUAACCCAAUAUGACAUAAUUAUAUCUAUAUAGCAAUUAAUAAAAUGUUUUAGAACAAAAUAUUAAUAUUCAUCAUAAAAAUUUUCAUACGAAACUACUAAGACCUUUGUCAAUCUUUUUUUUUCAAAAUUUUGUCUACCUUUAUUUUCAAAUCAUUGUUCAUAAGAAUAUCAAAAUCAUACAUUUCUAUUGUUUUUAUUAGUAUUUGAAAUAAUUUUGGAAAAUAUGCCCAUUGUAGACCAAUCCACUUUAAACCUAAGCCAAUUUUCUUUAAAAAUGAUAUAUUUUUCAUGAAUUGUUAGUCCCUUGAAACUGAGAAAAUGUAACAAAAAUGUUGAAUGGAACUUCACGAAAUUUUGUAUUAUGACAAUGGAUAAAGUAAAAAAAAGUAACCAUUAGAAAAAGUAAGGUAUUUAAAACCGUUAUGUAAGUUACCUUCUUUUGACAUAACUGAAUUUUCAAAUUCAAGGGCAGAUAAGUUAUCAAGAAGGUAACUCAAGGUCAAGCUCGAUAAGUUUUCGUACGAUAGCCUUCCUUUCUUCGCGUUAUCACAUUCUAAGAUCAUGCAAAUUCUGUCGUGCACUUUUCAUUCUGCCUAAAUGUCUAAAUCAAGUAUAGCCUUAAAGUUUCAAGUACCGUUGUCCUAUUGUUGUUUUUGGCUUGUAUGGACCGCGGCAACAGCGUCGACAUAGGCGAUAUAUCGACAUAGGCGGUAUAUCGAUAUACACGAUUUCGUUAUAAGAGGAAUUUACUGUAGAUGUAUUAUCUUGCAUUUAUUGAAAUAUUAUACAUGUAACUUUGGAAAUAUUGAUCACUUUACUCAUGUGACUAGUGUACGGGCAGAGAAAGUGAGCAUUGUUGAUAUUUCAGCUGAGUGAAUGCCUGUACAGAAUUAAGCAUAUCAUAAUUAUGUCAAAUACCUGUAUGAAAUUGAUACAUGAAAUAUGCCUUACAUUUUUACCUUUUGCUUAAAUAAAUAAUUUGAAAAUUCUAAAUUUGCUGUUGUACAAUUUUUUCGUAUAUUUUCUUAUUUUGUAUGAUGUAAAUUUUGUAUGAUGUAAAUGAUGAUGUAAAAUGUCGAGGCUGUAAAAUAAAACAAACGUCUUAUCAUUUUAUCUUUACAUAUUUGUCAGUGAUGAUAUCUGAAUGUUUUUGCUAUACAUGUACAUUUUUUGUUAUUAUUAAAGUUAAUGUUUUG